AUGCACGCAUAUAUGCGCGCAUGCGCGCAUAUAUAUCGAGGACUAAGGUUUACGGGUGAGCAAGGCUACUCCCUAACCCUAACCCUAACCCUAACCCUAAACCCUAACCCUAACCCUAAGUCGUUGCUUACGGAGACUACCUUGAGAGAAGGGGACUUACGAGAAAGCGAAUACCUUUCGGGGUAUUUGCGGGACCUCUUCGGAGACCCUCGGAAAGAACCUAUUUUAAGGGGUCCCGUUAGCACUAUCAAGCAGAACCGUAGAGUCACUCAAUACAAGGAGAAAACUGACCUAAGAAAAAAAAGUGGAGCUUACGAUAGAAACGGCGUAAUACCUUCGAUAAAAGGAAUGAGAAGCGACAAUCAAGAAUCUCGCCCUUUGCAUACUGCUAUAUGUAUCGCGGUUAAAGAACAAGAGCUCAAGCAUCUCGAAUCUUUAGCCGACGAUAAAGCAGCUGAGACUGCAAAAGAACUUACGAUUAAAAAGGUCACCGAGUCACUCGGCUCUUCUUUUUCAAGUACGGUAAACAAAUCGAACGAUUAUCUUAAAGAUAAGACUCUAAACGAUAUCAUUCGCGUAAUUAAGCUCGCGGUUGCCAAGGCUUUAAACAAGUCUAAUAAAGCGAAAAGCGCACCUCCGAAAGAGAUAAGUGCUAAAAAGUCCAACCCUAAGCCGAACAAGGCUAAGGGUAGCCUUAAACCAAAGAAACCUUAA